AUUGGCCUUAGCUUCAAUGCCGUCUGCAGUGGCCGGUGACAACGCAGUGAGUUUGACUGAAAAUUGCAUCGUGUCCGAACCUAAGAUUGACAAAAUGAAGAUAACAACAAAAAGAUCGGAAAUGAAAUUAAGCUUGGGAAUAGCGCUAAUAAAGAAGCUGUGCUCUGAGACAAAGACGAACUUCGUCAUCUCACCGUUAAGCCUUGGGACGGCCUUCACAAUGCUCUCGGCUGGACUCAAGGGUGACACCAAGAAGGAAGUACUUAGUUUUGUGGGCUCCACGGACGAGGCUGUUUUGCACAAAAUGUAUUCCGAUAUAAUUAAAAAUAAUGAACUUCCUUUCAAAAUUGUAAAUAAGUAUCUUGCUCACGACGAUUGCCAGGUGCAGGCAAAGUUUGACAACUUAUUACGGGAAAAAUACGAGUCCGAAAUAGAACUGGUAAACUUCUCGAAAGAUCGCAAGAAAGUCGUGGCCGAAACGAACACAUGGGUGGCAUCGACGACCAACAAAAUCAUCAAACAGCUUCUGGAUGCUGAAGCACUAACCGCGGAUACCAUUUUGUUGCUUCUGAAUGCUGUUUGUUUCAAAGGUUCGUGGAUGGAGGAGUUUGACAAUUUACCUGCCCUGAUGGAUUUCAGGCUCCGCGACGGUACCAAAGUGAAGAAGCAUUUUAUGACCAAGGAGUCGGGCGAUUUCAAGUACUUCGAUACCGAUCACCUUCGGACAGUGAAAAUAAUGUACAGAGAGACUGAAUCCUAUAUGGUUAUUGCCAUUCCGUUAGAUGAAAAGAAACAUAUCGAUGAGAUCAUCGCAAAAAUGACCGCAGCAGAAAUGUUUCGUAUCCUAGAUAAGUUGUAUAAGCCUAAUGGACCUGACAUUGUGCUUACUAUGCCAAAAUUCAAAAUCAACUUUAAAUACAAGAGCAUCGUCGACCAUAUGCAAGCGCUCGGAGUGAAGAAGAUCUUCAGCGCCGGUGAAGGAGAUUUUGGAGAACUCUUCAAAAAGAGCCCCGGCCCGUGCAAGUUAUCGCCCGUGAUCCAUCAAGCGGUUAUUGAGGUCGAUGAAAAAGGGUCUGAGGCGGAGGCCGCCGCAGCGACUCGCUUUUCGCCACUCAGUGGUGUUGUAGAGGGCCCUAUUAAAAUUACAAUCGAUCGGCCCUUUUAUUUCGCUAUCCAUACGCGUGGCAAUCUUGCUUCAUUAAGUGGAAUUUGCUAUCAGCCCUAAGCAGCCGGCCUCAAUGAGGCUCAUAAUAUAUCUAUAUUAUUAAUACGUAUUAAUAUAUCUAAUUAAUUAAAUUUUAUUUAUUCACCAUUGUUGGUCAAGAAUGUCAUAUCAGCAGAUUUACAUCACGAGCUCAACGUGAAUUAUUAAAGCAUACGCAUCAUAUGGUUGUACGAGUCUAGCUAAACACAUGGAAUCUUAACUCGAGUAGUUUUCUAAGCAUUCAAAAAAUCGUAUUCGAGAUACAAUAGGUAUUACCAUUUUGUAUAUUACCUAGAACAAAUACCAAGUACAAGGUCCGGUGACUGGUAAAGCGAGUGGUACCAUAUUACUCUAGCCGUUUCAGGUAUUCUGACUACCACACCUUAGGGUAGUAGUUUUAUUAAGUUCUUGAGAAUCGCGGAAAUGCGAUAAAUUAACUUGUUACAAUAUGAAAGCCUAAAUGUCUCAAUAUGACUAUGGACUGGUUACAUUAAAAAAUGGGGAUUUUUGUUAACUUAAACUUCCUGCAACAUACUUUUGAAAUUGCAUCAUCAUUCACAAUGAAGUCAGUCUGUAUAGCACAUUAAUUUGAUGUUGAGACGUAGAUUUGCGGUGAUGGUCCGGUGAUGACGUAUUUGUCCACUGAACCUGGGACGUUUAAGAUGAGUGUUAAGUUCGAGAGCCGGAGAGAACAGCAGAAUUUUUUUCGCCAAGCAGUCAUUGCCGGGCAGGCAAUAAAACCGGGAAUGAAGUCUAAAGCAUUAAGAAUAGACCGGUAAAGAAGACGUAAUAAUAAUAUUAAGUCAGGCCGUCUUGGUAUGAUUUUAGUCUAAUUGAAAGACAUUGAAAUAUGCGUUAUGUCUAAUUUCAGCAAUUCUUCUAUUUCGAGCAGUAAAUUUUAGGGGCCGUUGAGCUUGUCACAACUUCCGCAUUUUAUCAUACUUUGUUUUUAAUAUAUUUAGCUAUUUUGAGCAAAUCGUUAGAAUCACGCGUUGUUCUGGCAUCAGAAGCUAGCCCCCACUAGAAGCCGUUCAGCUACCUUAUGUCUUGCUGGACUUUUCUGGGAUUCGUCCUGCAGCAUAGCACACAAAGCGACGGGGUGAUCAUACCUAGUACUAGGCCGGCCUACACUUGUCAUACAAAAGAUAUUGUUAGCGGGAAUUGAAUCAGCCAAUUCGGAUUGUUGAGUAGUUCUGUCAGCUGUGUCACAUAUUAAGCACAAAAUACUAUUGCAUUGCGCUGUCAUUGUAUCGACAACAUCAGUAAAGUCUAGUCAUCGGUAGUACU